AUGCAGGCCCCCGACGACGACAAGCAGCCCGCCGAGGUGCAGCACUCGGAGCACGGCCAAGUGCCGGGCUCGUCUCGACACCCCAAGGCCGACAAGCCCGUCCACAAGGGCGCGGAUCGUGCGCUGGCCCUCAUUGGCAAUGAGAAGGUCGAGGUCUCCGAGGAAGACAACCGUCGGAUCGUGCGCAAGACGGAUCGGACCAUCCUGGCAAUCCUGGUCUGGGUUUACUUCCUCCAGAUACUGGACAAGAGCGUCCUAGGCUACGGCGCCACGUACGGCCUCAAGACCGACACGCACCUCAGCGGCGGCCAGUACUCCAUCAUCGGGUCCAUCGCCCCCAUCGCCCAGCUGGUGUGGCAGCCCUUUUCGUCCUACCUCAUCGUCAAGGUGCCUCACCGCAUCCUCAUGCCCGUCCUCUGCCUGGGAUGGGGCAUCGCCCAGACCUUGAUGGCGACCUGCAACAGCUUCUCGGGGCUCAUGGCCACUCGCUUCUUCCUCGGCCUGUUCGAGGCCGGCUGCUUGCCCCUGUUCAGCGUCAUCACCAGCCAGUGGUAUCGGCGAGCCGAGCAGCCGCUGCGUGUUGCGGCGUGGUACGGCACCAACGGACUUGCUACAAUCUUUGCCGCCGCCGUCAGCUUUGGCCUGGGCCGCAUCAACUCCGACGUCCUGAAGGAAUGGCAAAUCAUCUUCCUCUUCGUCGGCCUCCUCACCAUCGUCUCCGUCCCGUUUGUCUACUGGAAGCUGGACAACGAUAUCCCCUCGGCGAGGUUCCUGACUGAGGAGGAGAAGCCAAAGGCCAUAGAGCGGCUUCGCGCCAACCAAACCGGUACCGGCAGCCGAGAGUUCAAGUGGGACCACGUCCUGGAGGCUGCUAUAGAGCCCAAAACCUAUCUCUGGUUCGGCAUGGCUCUGCUGCUCAACGUGGGCGCUAGUGUCACCAACUCCUUUGGUCCUCUCAUCAUCAACGGCCUCGGCUUUGACAAGUACAAGUCCAGCUUGCUAAACAUGCCGUUCGGUGCUCUUCAAACAAUCGUCAUUCUUGUAUCCAGCUACUUGGCCCAAAAGGCAAAGCUCAAAGGGGCCAUCUUGGCUGGGUUCAUGCUGCCGGUGCUUGCCGGACUGGUCAUCUUGUAUUGCGUUCCACGAGACACGGGAAGCCAGGGAACAUCGCUUGCUGGGUACUAUCUCCUGGCCUUCCUCUUUGCGGGCAACCCGCUCAUCGUCACCUGGAUUGUCGGCAACACUGGUGGCACGACGAAGAAGUCCAUCAUCAUGAGCAUCUACAACGCCGCCAGCUCCGUCGGCAACAUCCUCGGCCCCCUCUUGUUCAACGACAGAGACGCACCCGAAUACAAGCCCGGCCUUCGUUCCUGCCUGGCCGUGUUUGCAGCUUUGAUUGGUGUCAUUCUGCUUCAGUGGGCCAAUCUCGUGGUGCUGAACAAGAUGCAAGCCAAGACGCGCGUGCGCAAUGGAAAGAAGGCGGAAGUCAUUGAUCACUCUAUGCAGGACCACUACCACUCAGCCAGAAGUGAUGGUGUGCUUCAGGAUGCUGAGAGCGGCGACGCAGCAGACGACCAAACUGGACAAAACGCUUUCUUGGAUCUCACGGACCGCAAGAACGACGAGUUCGUGUACAUCUAUUGA